UAUUUACCAUCCAGCCUUUAUUUUCAAGAAACACGUGUAAGAAAGAAUGUAAGAAUGUAUAUGUUUUGUUUUAAACAUCAUUUGGAACAUACAUAUAAUUUUCUAUCCUGAUUUUUCACACAUUAUUCAGCAAGCAUUUUUCCAUAUUAUUGUUUUAAAAAAUAUAUUUCUUAUGUCUAUAUAACAAGAAUACACCAGCAAAUUUAAUCAUCCUUCAAUUUUUGAGCAUUUAGUUUGUUUCUGGCUCUUGGUAUUUCCAAAUAAUUUCUCAGAAUGAGUUUCAUUAUCUGCAGCAGUUUAGAAUAGUACCAUUUCAUUGUAUCCUUGCAAAUACUGAAUAUUUCUAACUGUAAAUCUUUGUUAACCUGAAAGUGAAUCAAUACAAAUGACUAAAACAUGCAUUUUAAUUUGCAUUAUUUUGCUUAGUGAAGUUUUUAAAUGUCUUAUUCAUUUGUAUUGCUUCUGAGGAUCAUUCAUAUCCUUAACUGAGAGACCAGAUUUACUAUAAAAAAAUUAUUUUUAAGUGAGAUUUAGUUUUAAUAAAGGUUUAUAGAAUGCCUAUAGGAAGCACUCUGUCAAGUCUAUAGCUGUAUUUUUUUAAUCAAACUUUUUAUAUUGAGACAAUUGUGAUGUCACAUGCAGUUUUAAGAAAUAAUAUACAGAUGACCGUGUAUAUCUUUAAUCUAGUUUCCCCCAGUGGUGACAUGUUACAAAACUAUUGCAAUAUCACAACCAGGAUACUGACAUUAAUAUAGACAAGAUGCAGGAUUUCCAUUCCCUGACCCAUGGAAAUCAAUCAUUCUGUUGUCCAUUUAUAUAAAUUUAUCAAUUCUGAAAUGUUACAUAAUGGAAUUACACAGUAUAUAAGCAUUUGAGAUUGGCUUUUUCUUUAACCAUAAUUUCCUACAGAUUCAUUUCAAGGUGUGUUCAUCAAUAGUGUGUUCCUAUUUGUUACUAAAUAUUCCAUAGAAUAGAUGUACCAGUUUCUGUAAACAUUAAUAGUUGAAUUUUAAUGACUAUUUCAUUAAAACAUUUGUCUAAUUUCAGGGGUUGGAAGGAGAAAAGAAAAUGCAUUCACUAGGAAGACAUUCGGUCUACCCCAACAUUCACUGAAAGCAGACCAUUGGGACAAAUGUUAUCCUAUGCUUCUGAUUACAAAACAACUAAAACCCAAAUAAAAUACAAAUUAGUUAAGUAGCAGUGCUAAGAUUGAAACCAGAUAGGUAUUUAAAGAAGCAAGAAAAUGAAUUCAGAGAACGUUUUAUCAUCAAUAAAAACUUUCUAAAAUGUAACAAUUUUUCUAGGUUUAAUUAAACAGGCUAAAAAUUUGAUGUGUCCAGUCCAUGAGAGCAUCCUCCUAUCCACUGGACUAGGUGUCUACUAAACCACAUCUUAUAUCUACUGUGAGGCCAACUGUCUUGAGGCCAAACAAGACGCGAGUUAUAUGGUAGCACUUGAGAGGGCUGCGGACACAUUAGAGCAGCUUUCUCUGCCCAUCUACAGCAGUUCUGGGCAGCAUGCUUGGAAUGGCAACGCUGGCGUCCACGAAAAACCCCAGCCCUCUUGCCAAUUUCCUCUGAACCCCAACUACCCAACCCAAAAUUAUUUGAAGAUCUCAUUUUCAAACAAAACGAGGCCAAUAAUGCACCAUUAUUAUGUUUCCCUAAAACAUUAACAGUAUGGAGAUUAAGACACAAACCAGAUACCGGAAAAAAAUCUUGGUGCGUUCAAAGUAACCUCAAUCAGUUCCCGACUCUAUUUUCCACUUAUGGUGCAAUAUUAACAAAAACUAAGCACACCGUGCAGAGAAACGCCCCUUCGCACUUAUGACUUCCGGCCUGGGACUCUGGCUCCUCACACGCCUUUGAUACAAAGUUCGAAGGCUGAGCCUUAACCAUGCCACGCCUAGCGUGCUCCGGACGAGGAUGCCCGAAACUGCAAUGAGAGAGAGAAAUUUGCUAGUCAGGUCAAGGUCCAACAAAACAAACGACCGCAAGCAGGAAUUGAACCGUCUCUCAAGCAGAGGCGGCUGAACCAGCAGCGAGCGGAAGUGACGCAAAGGCCGGUCGCCGGAGAAGGCGGGGCCCCGAGGUAGCGAGCCCAAUUGGGGCGCGGGAGAGGCCGGGGGUGUGGCAGCGUUGGCGGCGAGCGGGGGCCUGGGCGCGCUGGGGGCGGGGCCAGGGUGCUCCGCUCGCGGGGACUGGCCUCCUUCGGCAGCUGGAGGCGGUCACUCGCGCUGGGCUAGGAGCUGAGGCGAGAAGGACCAUGCGGACGGCGAGGGAGUCCAGAGCCUUGAGACCGGUGCUCCUCCCUUGCGCAGCGGUGGCUCUGCGGCCGCUGGAGUAAACACUGCCUUUGUUCCCUAGCGCCUUGUCUUUCGUCGCCCCGUCCCCUCACGCCGCCGGGCUCCGGCCGGCCCGCCAUCGGUCCUUGAACCCCAUUUCGGCUCGUGCCGCGCGGAUGCGGCUGCCAGGCCUGGGUUUGGGUAUUGAGCGGGAGGAGGAGAAGGAGCGGCGGCGCCUGGGCGGCAUGCGAUGGGGAACUGCUGCUGGACGCAGUGCUACGGACUGCUCCGCAAGGAAGCGGGGCGGCUGCAGCGAGUAGGCGGCGGCGGAGGAUCCAAGUAUUUUAGAACAUGCUCAAGAGGUGAGCACUUAACAAUAGAGUUUGAGAAUCUAGUAGAAAGUGAUGAAGGGGAGAGCCCAGGAAGCAAUCAUAGGCCUCUUACUGAGGAAGAAAUUGUUGACCUAAGAGAAAGGCAUUAUGAUUCCAUUGCCGAAAAACAAAAAGAUCUUGAUAAGAAAAUUCAAAAAGAGUUAGCCUUACAAGAAGAGAAGUUAAGACUAGAAGAAGAAGCUUUAUACGCUGCACAGCGUGAAGCAGCCAGGGCAGCAAAGCAGCGAAAGCUCUUGGAGCAAGAAAGGCAGAGAAUUGUGCAGCAAUAUCAUCCUUCCAGCAAUGGAGAAUAUCAAAGUUCAGGACCAGAAGAUGACUUCGAAUCUUGUUUGAGAAAUAUGAAGUCACAGUAUGAAGUUUUUCGAAGUAGUAGACUCUCAUCAGAUGCUACAGUUUUGACACCAAAUACAGAAAGCAGUUGUGAUUUAAUGACCAAAACUAAAUCAACUAGUGGAAAUGACGACAGCACAUCCUUAGAUCUAGAGUGGGAAGAUGAAGAAGGAAUGAACAGAAUGCUUCCAAUGAGAGAACGUUCCAAAACAGAGGAAGACAUCCUACGGGCAGCACUUAAGUAUAGCAACAAGAAGACUGGAAGUAAUCCUACAUCAGCCUCUGAUGAUUCCAAUGGGCUGGAGUGGGAAAAUGAUUUUGUUAGUGCCGAAAUGGAUGAUAAUGGAAAUUCCGAGUAUUCUGGAUUUGUAAAUCCUGUAUUAGAACUGUCUGAUUCUGGCAUAAGGCAUUCUGACACAGAUCAACAGACUCGAUAGGGUAAAAUUGUGUGACCUUGUUUAUCAGUUAUGACCAAAUGUUAAAAACCAACUAGAAUGUAUAAGUCAUUGUGCUUAGCCUUUUUGUAAGGGAGACGUGUAAGACACCAUGUUGUAAAUGCUUAUUUUAUUAGAAAGGAGUAGGGAUGAUAGGAUCUGAAUUGAUACAGAAUUAAGUGCAAUUUCAUCAUCUGCCUUCUGCUUUUCAAGACCAAUUUAAUGGUCCUGUCAUGUUACCGAUUAAAUUUACUUUAAGCCUUUUCUUUAUAGCAUUUCUGUUUACUAUGGUAGAUUUCCACUUUCAAUUUUUUAAAUUAAUUUUACUUUGAAUGAUUUAUGAAGCCUAUUUCAUUGUCUAACUAUGAAAAUAUUAAGACUUUUUUUGUUAAUUCUCAGCAGAUGUGAAGGAAGCAUGAGGAGGGAUCGUCAGAUUCAUAUUUAGAAUAGUGUUCCCUUUUUCAGCAUUAUUUAUUUCUAUGACUUCUUUGGAUUUUAUUAUCUAAUAGUAAGUACAGUUGAUUUGAGUAGAUGACUCCAAGAAAUGCUGAAGUAUCGGCAUUACAUGUGUUUAUUUACAUGUCCUAGCAUGAUAAUGUUGAUUCAAUCUGAACAAAAGAUAAUAUAAAAAUAACCCUUCAGAGUUUGGACAUUUCAAGUUGGUAAUAAUAAAAAAUAAUAUUUAAGAAGAUAUAUAUAUAUAUAUAUAUUUAGUUUUUUCCACUUCAUUUUACAUGCCACUAUAUUGACUUUAAUUGAUAUACAGUAUUAAGUUUUUAGGUGCCAUUAUUUUUAAAAAAUUCUAUAUUUCCAAUGAAUGAUGUUAGAUUUUACACAGAACAUAUUCUCUGCAUGAUUUAAGAAAAGAAAAUCUAAAAAGGUAAUACGGGUAUUUCAAAUAAAAUCCUUUCUGGUAUGAAAGGCUCCAUUGAUUUUAUUAAGCUUUCCUUUACCUUGUAGUACAAGGUGCUUUAAUGGGAUAGAACUAAGCAUAUCAAUAUCUAUAACUGCAUUUUGUGAUAGACAAUUAACUGUUCUUUUCUCUAAAAUGUAUAUGUCAAUUUAAAAGGCCAGGGAUAGAAAACACUCCAUAAUUGCUUUCCUUGAUUUUGCUGAGGAUUUGGUAUGAUUUUAGUAAGCAAACUGUUUUUUGGUUUUUUCCUUAAUGUUUUUAAAUUUUUUUCCUCUUGCAACAAUGACAGUGCAUGUUCUUAUAAAUAUAGGAAGGUCCAGAUAUAAAUAGUAACCUAAAGUUCUUGCUGUGCUUAAAAAAAAAAUCAUGUGGCCCUUUCAAUAUUUGAACUGCUGAGCAAUGACAUCUGUAGUUUUAUCUCCUUUUUUAUGUCAUAGAAAUUAAUAUAAUACUUUAAAUAUGUAAAUAUAAUACAUUAGGUAAUGCUAUUAUUUAUAUCUGUCUUAACAUAAUUUAAGUUGUAGCUGUGUCUUGGAAAUAUUUUUAAGGUAAUCUAUAUUCACAUUGCCUGUGUUAAUGCUUUUUAAAGUUUGUAUACAUCAGAUGUAUAUUUUUGGUUUGGCAUAAGCUACGAUUGUAAUUUUUCUUGGCUUUUUGUUCAUAAAGAAUUUUUUGAAGGAAUGGUAACAAAUGGUAAUUUACAAAUGGUUGUGAAUAAACACAUUUUUACACUUAAA